GUCCACACAAUUUUUGCCUCGAACCGCCAUGUGGUGGCGGUUGUACAAAGCCAUUUCAACGCCAUCCUUCUGAACAUUUCAUGUCGCACAGAGACCGCAAAGGAUUGUUACACCGCAUUCUCAUAUUGUCCGUUUCUACCCUCCUCCGAUUGCUGCCAUCCUCCCCCUAUCCUCCGCCAGCACCAACUGUGGAAAUUCGUUCCCAAACAUCACUGCCCAGCGGUCCUUGAACGUACCCCGACCUGUCUCAGCGGUCGUCAAUCACCUGCCUCAUUCCCAUCCCCAUCCCGGAUCGGUAAUUACCCCCUUCGGACAUUGCGUCUUGGAUAGCCCACGAUGGCUACAACGGUGGACAAAAUCAAGGAGAUCGAGGCCGAAAUGGCUCGGACCCAGAAGAACAAAGCCACUUCUUUCCAUCUGGGCCAGCUCAAGGCCAAGUUGGCCAAACUGAAGAGGGAGCUCUUGACACCUUCAUCAUCUGGUGGCGGCGGCGGCAGUGGAUUCGAUGUCGCCAGGACUGGUGUCGCGUCCGUCGGCUUUAUUGGUUUCCCUUCGGUAGGGAAGUCCACCUUGAUGAGUCGUUUGACGGGCCAACAUUCCGAAGCGGCUGCCUACGAAUUCACCACCCUCACCACCGUGCCCGGCCAAGUCCUCUAUAAUGGUGCCGCGAUCCAGAUGCUGGACCUUCCGGGGAUCAUCCAGGGGGCGAAGGACGGCAAGGGUCGCGGCCGUCAAGUCAUUGCCGUCGCCAAAACCUGCCAUCUAAUUUUCAUUGUCCUCGAUGUGAACAAACCACUCACUGACAAGCGGGUCAUUGAGGCGGAGCUGGAAGGUUUCGGCAUCCGCAUCAACAAGGAGCCCCCCAAUAUCGUCUUCAAGAAGAAGGACAAAGGGGGUUUGAACAUCACGAGCACCGUUCCGCUGACGCAUAUUGACCAUGACGAAAUCAAAGCCGUCAUGAACGAGUACCGUAUUUCGUCGGCCGAUAUUGCUAUUCGUUGCGACGCCACGAUUGACGAUUUGAUUGAUGUCUUAGAAGCCAAGAGCAGGAGUUACAUCCCCGUCAUAUACGCGCUCAACAAGAUUGAUUCCAUCACUAUCGAGGAGUUGGACCUACUCUACCGCAUCCCGAAUGCCGUUCCCAUCAGCUCCGAACACGGAUGGAACAUCGACGAGCUUUUGGAACAGAUGUGGGAAAAGCUGCAAUUGAAACGAAUCUACACCAAACCCAAAGGGAAGCAGCCAGAUUACACUGCCCCCGUCGUAUUGAGGAAAAACGCUUCAACUGUGGAAGACUUUUGCAAUGCCAUCCAUAAGACGAUUGUCGAGCAGUUCAAGCAUGCGAUAGUCUACGGCAGAUCGGUCAAGCAUCAGCCUCAACGGGUAGGCCUUUCGCAUGAAUUGGCCGACGAAGAUAUCAUCACCAUCAUCAAGAAGUGAUACAGUUGUACUCUCCAUUUGUUUCAGCUUGAUAGCCCUGAACGCCUAUCAAAGUCACAAGAACAUGUAUUGGAGGAUUGAGGCCGCCUCAAGGUUCGAGACCGUCGACCACGGACCCUUUUUCCGCUCAAUGAGGCUAAGUACCUCACCUUCCGCCAUCCCCGCGCCUUCGGAUCGAGAACAACCUAUCCCCUAGCCCUCGGUCACUGAUCAUCAUCAGGGGCUAGGAUUCUAAUGCCUAAACGGGCAGAAGAAAGUACCAUCCAGCGGCGAUGAUGGUGGCCGCCUUGCUCAAACCCAGCCUAAAGCGCAACGAGCGAGAAUGGCCGAAAGGAUUUCGUGCCCAACCUUCUCAUAAUGGACAGGGACUCGUUGGCGCGGGAAAACGUCUCAAAGGAUGGAGUAGUCAGUGAGGCAUGUUGGUGUGCCUAGUUUGAACAUGUGCCACGAUCCACUUGAAAGCCGAACCCACUGGCAGCGGAAGGAUAUGCAGUAUGCCGUAUAGAAGCCCCAUCACGAGGUCGACGUCAUGGGCUGAACACAGUGCUGCACGUAAAAGCGGCAGGGUGGAAAAGGCAGUCCGCCUCGUCGUCAGCCAAUAAUGACCAUGCAAGGAGAGGGAGACGUCGACAAAGGGACGCCUUUUUACCUCGUCUUGAAACAAUUGAUUGAUUAAUGGCGGCAGGAAUGUCCCAAUUGGUAAUCCCUGCUCCCUGGUCUUCAAGUGCGGAGAAGCUGCUGGAGGUGGAUGGUGUGGGCGACCAGGAUCCUUGCUAGAGGCUUGGGAUUGCUUCCCUGCCCUGGCAUGAGCUCAACGGUCAAUUCUCCGCCCGCACGCAGACAUUUCUGAGCACGAGCUGCAAGGUCAGGCUGCAAAUACGACCUCUCAAUGGGGUUAUUUGAAGAGGUGGCCGAGGGGGGCAAGGUGCAUGGAAACGACGUUGGUCAUGGAGGGUGAGCGAUGCUUCUGAUAUGCGGACCAAAGUCCAUCGGUGACCCGGCAGCACAUCUCCGCGACCACUGACGAUGGGCAGGAGAAGACUCAACUGCACGAGAGAGGAGCUUCCACAAGGUGCAUUAAUUGACCGGCUGCUUGGACUGUCCUGGAAGCAUGACCCCGUCGAUGCAACAGUCGUUGUGCUCGCUCUGGCGGAAGCGCAUUCACCUAGACCGAGUGUCUCGAUAGAAAAUUUGCAUCCACGUCUUCCUUACCCCUCCCAGCCAGAGCUCGAAUUCGGGCAGACGUCGAUUGCCCUGACAUUCCCUGUCUAGUCGAUUUUGUCCGAGCUUCUUGCGGGGGUUCGGUCCCCAAUGACCAUCCUGGUCGGGCUUGCUUCACUCUUGAGCUUUUGCGAUUUGGCCCUCUGCCUAAAAGCGCCACGACCACGCUCGGAGGGUUCCCGAGUCUGCCGCACCUCAGGGUUUGAACAAGGUCACGGCCACCGCAAAACUUGUCCGCGUACCGACCUGCUGCUUGAGGCCUCAGAGGCUGGAGGGAUCCUUGCAUAGCUGUUUUCCCAUGCAACCUUGUUCCCGUGCUAGGCGUGGAACUCUCUUGAAAUUGUGGACCUAUACGGACUGCCCUCGUUUGCGGUGAAGGAUCAGGGAGCCCCUGGCGAUGCAUGCGCCAAUGACGUUGUAGAGGAGAAGGGAGGAGAAGCCUCGGGAGGGCUGGAAGGCGUGGGAGGGUGGUGAGUGUUAGUCCUCGUAGACGAUCGAGAAUCCUGGGUUUAGGAUAGAGGCAAACAAAAGACUUCUUGUCGCUCAGAGAAGACAGUGAGGAAUAUUGUUGCUUCGUCUCAUACAGGAAAGGAUCAGAGGGGAAUUGAUGGACCAGGUUGACUGGGUGUAGCACAUGGCCAUAUCUGGGCAACUGAGUUACAGGACUGACGCUCAC